GUGGUAAAGUGAGGGUGGAGCUGACAGUAUGAACCUGAGUGUCACAGCAGUAGCAGAGAGAAAGGAGUUUAAAAAGGAGCAUACACAGUGUUUCGUUUUGUUUUGCUGUCUGGUUUCACUGAAGAGUCACCGAGAGUCGCCUGAGAGAAGCUGCGAAAUUCUUCCUACAACUUUAACUCUGCUGGUCUUCAUGUCCAGGAAACAACAAAGGGACAGAGAGAAAUAAACACAAACAAACAUAGCAGAAGAACAAUGUUUUCCUUCAUGCCUCUCCUCCUCUUACUUGUUUCAAGUGUGUUUUCGUCUUCGACACAUUCAGCAGUGAUCUCCCCUCAGGAUCCCGUCCUGCAGAUCGGCUCCUCUCUAACAGCCACCUGCACGCUGAAUCCCGAGCUUGGCAUCCGCACCGGCUCGUUGUACUGGACUCUAAACGGCAUGAUUCUGUCCAACAGCACCUACAGCAUGCUGGGCCCUGACGCAUUGAGUGUCACUCUUCACAACCUCAACGGCUCCCAGCAGCAGUCUGGAGACAACCUGGUGUGUCAUAGAGCAGAUGGACACGUCCUGGCCGGCUCGUGUCUCUACGUGGGCAUGCCUCCAGAAAAGCCUGUCAAUAUAACAUGUUGGUCCCGUAACACAAAAGACCUGAGCUGCAAGUGGAGCCCAGGGGGGCGGGGGGAGACCCACAUCCAAACCAAAUACAUCCUCAAGUACAAAUUGAGGUGGUAUGGCAAGGAGAAGGAAUGUGAAAAUGACGGCACAGCAGGGAAGCUGCGUUACUCCUGUUACAUCCCCCGCAACCUGGCUCUCUUCACGCCCUAUGAGAUCUGGGUGGAGGCAGCCAAUCAGCUGGGCUCUGCCACCUCCGACAUCACCACCCUGGACAUCCUCAAUGUAGUGACCACCGACCCUCCUGCCAACGUUCAGGUGAGCCGAGUCGGCGACCUCGACGACCAGCUGACAAUCCGCUGGGCCAGCUCCCACGAGCUCAAGGACGUCCUAUUUCAGGCCAAAUAUCAGAUCCGCUACAGACUGGAGGACAGCGCUGAAUGGAAGGUGGUGGAUGAUGUUGGUAACCAGACAUCAUGUCGGCUGGCAGGUCUUCGGUCCGGGACCGUCUAUUUUGUCCAGGUGAGGUGCAAUCCAGUGGGCAUCUAUGGCUCCAGAAAGGCUGGCAUCUGGAGUGACUGGAGUCAUCCGGCCGCUGCCUCUACGCCCAGCAGCCAGCAGCUGAAGAGUGGGUCCUGUGAUUCAAAGCCCAGCCAACGUAACUCCACCCUGCGACGGGAACUCAAACAGUUCUUUGGCUGGGUCCGCAAGCACACGAAUGGCUGCAGUGGCAUGUCAAUCAAACUGUAUGAUCAGUGGAGGGUGUGGCUGCAGAAAUCGCACAAAACACGCAACCAGAUUUUUCAAGAAGAUAAUUCAUAGCAUCACCACUCAGGAUCACUGUGGUGUUUAAUUCAAGAAUAGAUUAGUGGCCCCGUGGGUCCCAGCUGUGUGAGAGGUCCAAUGCCUCGCCUGAAGGAUACCGCAGUGUUUGGUCAUAAAGCCUUAACUUGGUUUUAAAGGGCCCGGGUGGAAGAUGACUGAAGAUAGACAAUGCAGCCUUCUUCUGCUGUUUCCGCUGGCCAAAUCUGUCCUUUAAAUCUGUUGCAAAAACAGAUACAUGCAGUCCCUCACUAACUAAACGUGAUUCUUUGAAAACGUGAAAAAGUUAGCCGAGACAUUUAGACUUAAUUAUAACCUCCUGCAAAAUGAUCUCUGAUGCUGUAAUUAUGUCACAGAGGUUAAAGCAUUGAUAAAGUAUCCUAAAACAAAUACAGGCUUAUAAUGUCAGUAUAAAUUAAUGAUUCAUCUGUGCAAACAUUAACCCAAUUUUCAUGGGUCAAUGUUUAAGGAAAUUCCAAAUGUGUGAAUUCCCUGCAAUUACAACUAUUUUUGAUUAUUUCUAUUACCGAUUUAGCUGCUAAUUAUUAUUUUUUAAAUCAGUUGAUGAAUCAUUUUAUACAUGUUUAGAUGGUAAAGAAUAAAUGCAAAAGUUGACAUGUGCAGCAGUAUUUGUAUUCUGUCUCAAAUGUCUAAAACCCAAAUAUAUUAAAUUUUCAGUGAUUUAAAUCUGAGAAAAUCAGAUGAGUGAAUGUCACCACUUUUCUACAAAAGCCUUUUCAUCUAUUUUGAAAAUAGCUUAGCUAGUGAGCUAUUUUUUCAUCAAACAACUUAUCCAUUAGGUUUCGGGUCUAACUAAAUUCUAACCUAAGUAGCAAGCUGUCUAAAAUGUUGCAUAAAAACCUAUUCUUAGUACUACUUUAAUUUCACGUUUUUAUUGAUGCAUCAGUUAUUUGAUACCCAUGAAUUAAGGACUCCUCUGUAAAAUGUUCAUGAAGUCCCGUGUCUAAACAGACUGUUUAAUCACAUUAUCAUACUGUUCAUAUCUGUGUACCUUCAUAUUUUAAAAAAAUGUUAUAUUCUUUCACG